AUGGCGCCAAGUAAGAAACGCCAGCAGCCGGGGAACGACUCCCCGGCUGUCAAGAAGCCGAGAACAGAGGCUCGCCCCGCCCCGGCCUUCACCUCGGCACUCCAGAGCGAGGAGGUCGACUUCCCCCGUGGCGGCGGCACAUCGCUAACUGCCCUCGAGGUCAAGCAGACCCGCGCCGAGGGUGCGCGACAGGCCGACGCUGAGAUGGGCAAGACCUUCAAGAAGAAGAAGCUCAGCACGAGGCAGAUGCAGAAGGCGAAGAAGGAGAAGGCCACCGCCGAGAGCGACGCUGCCAAGGCCGAGCGGGAUAAGGACACAAUCCGUGUCGAGGAGCUCAGCUACAAGCGUCUUGUUCCCGGAACACUGGUGCUUGCGCGGGUACACACUGUUCUGCCGCUGCACCUCGUUGUCUCGAUGCCGAACAACCUGCUCGGACACAUCCCGAUCACCGAGGUCUCCAACACGCUCACGGCCGCACUCAACGCCGACAUUGACGCCAUGUCCGAGGACGAGGACGAGGAGGAUGAGGAAAAGGAAGGUGCCCCCGAGCUCACCGACAUCUUCAGGCCGGGACAGUACAUCCCGACGCGCGUCAUCAAUACGUUCCCGACCGCCUCGCAGGCGUUCAUCGCCCAGUACCCCGUGUCCGAGACGACUCGUCUCGCCGCCCGUGUCGAGCUGACCGCCGUGCCGGAGAAGAUCAACCUUGACGUCGCCAAGCAGGACGUCGAGAAGGGAUACCGCAUCGUUGGUGAGGUCCUCGGCGCUGAGGAUAAGGGAUACCGAGUCGGCCUCGGCCUCAGCGCCGACACUGGUCUCGCUGGAGUCGAGGGCUUCAUCCCGAUCGAGGAGGUUGAGAAGAACGCUGGCGGAGCUCUUAUUCCCGGACAGCUCAUCCCUACCGUCGUUUCCGAGGUCAAGGCUGGCGGCCGCGUUGUCAAGCUUACGCUCGACCCGCAAACUCUCAUUCACAGCAGCCUGACCGAGGUCUCGAACAUCGGCUCGCUUCUCCCCGGCCAGCUCGCUUCGUGUCUCGUUACUGCCGUCGUCCCCUCUGGUCUCAACGUCAAGAUCUGCGGUUUCUACGAUGGAACCAUCGACAUUGCGCAUCUCGGUCUCGGUGAGGACGACAUUGAGGACCGCUACAACAUUGGCAAAAAGAUCAAAGCCCGUAUCCUGUACGACACUGUUGCCUCGUCAGAGCGACGAUUCGCCCUCUCCGCCCUGCCGCACAUCUUCAACCUCGCCUCCCCCGUUGCUGCCGACGGCGAGACUCCCCUCGAGAUCGCGAUCCCCGUCGGCAAGACGCUGCCGAGUGUCAAGGUCAUCCGCGUCAUCCCCGACUGGGGACGCGUGCCGACGCUCUCCAACUCGACUGGCCAGUUCAAGGUCGGCACGUACCACCGUGCGCGUGUCAUUGGCCACUCGCCGCUCGACGGUGUCAUGCUCCUCUCGUUUGAGGAGAAGGUCCUGAACCAGGUCUUCAUGCAGGUCGGUGAGCUGACCAUCGGUCAGGUGCUGAAGGGCACCGUGCGCAAGCUGUCCGACAAGGGUCUCUUUGUCAAUGUGCAGGGCAACGUCGAUGGCGUCGUCUGGCCGCUGCACUAUGCCGACAUCCGCCUCAAGCACCCCGAGAAGCGCUUCAAGGUCGGUGCCUCGGUCAAGGCGCGUGUCUUUGCCAUCGAGCCCGCGCGCAACCGUGUCGUUCUCACGCUCAAGAAGUCGCUCGUCGAGUCCGACCUCCCUGUCCCGGGAAGCUUCGCCGACGUCACGGCCGGCGAGAUCACUCCCGCUGUCGUCUCCAAGAUCCUCGACAAGGGCUGCAUUGUCGACCUCUUUGGCGGCCUACGUGCUUUCGUCCCCCAGUCCGAGGCUAGCACCAACUACGUUGCGAACCUGAAUGAUGUCUUCUUUGUCGGCAAGGCCGUCAAUGUGCGCAUUACCGACGUCGACGAGCACAGCCAGAAGCUCGUCGCGUCCGUCCGCCAGGCGCUCCCCACGGCCGUCGCGGCCGAGAAGCUCGAGGUCGGCUCCGAUGUCUCGGGUAUCGUGGCCCAGAUCCACGCCGAGCAGGUCGUCGUCACCCUCAUCCCCUCGCAACUCACUGCGCUCCUGUCGCUGGCCAACCUGUCCAACCACCGCGGCAUGGGCGUCGACGAGCUCCGCAAGAGCCUCAAGGUCGGCGAGAAGCUCGAGGACCUCGUCGUCGUGUCGAAGAAUGCGACGAGCGGCCUCAUCAUUGUCGCGAACAAGCGCGCCAAGAAGGGCAUUCCCACGGGUAUCUCGACGCCGGCGCGGAACUUUGACGCCAUCGCCGUCGGCGACGUCCUCCCCGGCCGUGUCAUCAGCAAGACGCCGCAGGGCGCCAUGGUCCGUCUCGGCAAGAAGAUCCGCGGCCGUGUCGCGCCCACGGACGCUAGCGACGAUCUCUCUGCUCCGGGCCUCAAGGUCGACGACGACGUGCUCUGCUGCGUGCUCAAGGUCGACGCCGAGAGCCGCGCCAUCGACCUCUCGACGCGCAAGUCGCGCGUGCAGCCCUACUCUGCGCCUGCCAUCGUCGACGCCGAGAUCAACAGCACCGCCGACCUGAAGGCCGGCCAGAGCGUGCGCGGCAUCGUGAAGAAUGUGGCGCCCAACGGCCUCUUCGUCGCGCUCGGCCGCUCCGUCACUGCCCGCGUCAUGAUCAAGGAGCUCUUCGACGACUUUGUCAAGGACUGGAAGGCGCGGUUCGCCGUCGGCGACGUCGUGUCCGGCAAGAUCCUUUCUGUCGGCGACGACAGGGUUGAGAUGACGCUGCGCACCAAGCCGCGCAAGGCUGGGGCCGAGACCAAGCUGACCCUCGCCGACUUCAAGGAGGGCCAGAAGGUCGAGGCGACCGUGAAGCGGGUGGAGAGCUUUGGCCUCUUCCUCCGCAUUGACGGGAGCGAUGUGUCGGGCCUGUGCCACCGCAGCGAAAUCUCCGACAACAAGAAGCAGGACGUGAGCCAGGCCCUCAAGGGAUUCCGCGAGAAGGACCAUGUGCGCGCCGUCAUCACGAGCAUUGACAAGGAAAAGGGCAAGAUCAACUUUAGCAUCAAGGCGAGCCACUUCUCGGACGACUUUGGGGACAAGGCGUCCGACGAGGAGGAGAAGGAGUCUGGUGACGAGGAGGAGGAGGAGGAGGACGGCGACGACGAGUCGAUGGAGCAGGACGACGAGUCCUUCGUCAUGCCCAAGCUGCUCGGCGACAGCGACGACGAGUCCCCCGACAUGCUCAAGCUCUACUCUGCCGAUGCCGAGAUGCCCUCUGAUGACGAGGAGGAGGACGACGAUGAGGACGAGGACGAGGAGCCUUCCGAGGACGAGGAGGAGAUUGACACGGCGCCGACAGAGGACACGCCCGGUGCGCAGAAGCGCGUCUCGACGGCGGGCGGGUCGACGGCGCUCUCCCUCUCGGGCUUUGACUGGAACGGCAAUGCGGCCGAGUCUGAUUCGUCCGACUCCGACUCGGAGUCUGACGAGGAGGCCGCUGCGCCGAAGAAGUCUUCCAAGAAGAAGACCGACCUGACGGCGGCCGAGGCGAGCGGCGUGCCCCAGUCCGCGUCCGACUUUGAGCGUGCGCUUCUCGCCAGCCCGAACUCCUCCUUCCUUUGGAUUCAGUACAUGUCCUUCCAGCUGCAGCUGCACGAGAUCGAGAAGGCGCGGUCUAUCGGGCGGCAAGCGCUGGACCGCAUCGCGUUCCGCGAGGAGGGCGAGAAGCUGAACGUGUGGAUGGCCCUUGUCAACCUCGAGCUCGGCUUUGGCACCCCCGAGAGCACAGACAAGGUCCUGAAGCAGGCGGCGCAGUACAACGACGCGCGCGAGGUGUACAUGCGAUACGUCGACGCGCUGGUUCAAGCGGGUAAGGACACGCCCGAGGUGCUCGACGAGGUCUUCAAGCGCCUCCUGAAGAAGUAUUCGGCCUUCCCGCAGAGCUGGCUCAAGGCGGCCGAGGCGUCCUUCCGCAGGGGGGACGUCGAGGGCGCGCGCUCCCUCCUCUCCCGCGCCCUCCAGUCCCUCGAUAAGGCCAAGCACGUCCAGAUGCUGGAACAGUUCGCCCUCCUCGAAUUGAAAUACGGCCAGGCCGAGCGCGCCAAGACGCUCUUCGAGCAGCUCGUGUCGCGCUACCCGAAACGCCUCGACGUGUGGAACGUGUACGUCGACCAGCUGACAAAGCUGGGCGACAUUGCCGCGGCGCGCAACCUCAUUCAGGGCGCGCUCGGGCGGAAACUCACGAUGAAGCGCGCCAAAUUCAUCUUCAAAAAGUGGCUUGCGGUCGAGAACAAGAUUGGAGACCGCAAGGGACAGGAGAACGCGAAGGAGAAGGCGAGGGAGUGGGUUGCCGCGCACACUGCGCCUGCCGAUGGGGAGGACAGCGAUGAGGAGGAGGAGGAGGAGGAGGAGAGCGAUGACGAGUAG